AUUGCAUUUCGUGUGUGUGAUAAUUAUGUCGAGUGAUGACGAAAACGUAGUAAAUGAUGAAACUCCUUUACUUUCUAAACAAGGGAAAGGAAAUUGUGUAGUACCGCCUUUAUUAACCCCUUCGUUACGUGGUGUUGAUAAACUUUGUUAUCCUGUAAGUCAAGAAAACUUCGGAUAUGAGAAUGACUUUAGCAAGACUAAUGUGAUAAGAAGAAAAGAUAUUUUGUUCGACCAUUCACGUGAUUUAGUAAAGCGAAAUACCAGUAGGCCUAAUACUAAUAGUAGUUGUGACACACCAAAACUUCAUGACUCUAGUUCAUACUUGGAAAAAGACUUUGAAUCAAUGCAACUCAAAGGAAGAAAUGCAGUUCCAUUAGGUAGUGGAAUUGUUUGUGUUUUUGUUGUAGCAUUUGAAUCUCGAACAGGAAAUAUUGUUGAAUGGGUGUAUCCAGAAGAAUGUGAUGUAAGUGGUCUCGAAUUCAAGGCUUUUGUUAGCGGAGCUCAUAGAGUGCAACAUGAUUUCAUAUAUUUUAAACAAGGGCAGGCAUUUGGCCUUGCUUGUUUUGAAAAUAUGAAAGUGGACUGUGAAACUGAAAGAGGUGCACGAAUGAAGUCUGUUGGAAUCUUGAGUCCAAACUAUGCAGUUCUUCACAAACAUAAGGAAUUUCUACAGGAACAAGUAAGAUUCUUGUUGAAUACCCCUGGAUGCUACAACAAACUUAAAAUGUUCUACAAAGCCAACAAGGAAAAUUUCUGUUCUGGUAUAUAUCAGCAUUGUGGAACUAGCCAAAAUAAAGAGAGUUUUGUGUGGUCAUACAACAAUUUGCAUCAGUACGUACUUAAUACAAAGGUGUCCCAUCCUACAGAAUGUUUUUGCCACUUGAUGAAUUUCUUUGGAGAACAGCUUUUCCUUCUUUGGAAAUUUGCUUUACUCAAGAAAAGGAUCUUAUUUUAUUCACCUCCACCAGUUGGAACAGUAUGUUAUCGAGUGUAUUGUACUUCUUGCCUUGUAAGACACUCAGUUGCUGACAUUGACUUGCGAGUGACUCAGCCACUUUUCUAUGUGAGUCUCUCUGACAUUGCCUUGUUGGAAGACACAAAAGUAUUCAUAGCAUGUACAACAGAGAAGAUUUUUGAGACAAAAAAAAGUCUAUAUGAUCUUUACAUAGACAACCAGAACAUGAAAGUGGACACACCUUUUUACCAGAAAUUAUUAACUCUUAGUUCUGCAGACAGAAUCAAGUUUAAUCACCUGAGACAACUGAGAUCAGAGCAAGCUCCUGGUCUUAGUGAAAGAGAUUUGGUUGAUGAUGAAAGUUGGUUUAUUAAUUAUUUUCAGAUGUUGAAUAACAAACUCUUCAACACAUUACUGGAUGUAUCUAAAACACCAGAAAAACAGUGGACAAAUCAGCACAUGCUUCAGGUAGGGCUUGAUCCUGACACUGACCAGUUGUUUGUGAUGGAGUUAAUUGAUACAUAUGGUAUUGAUAUCAUGAUGAUGGUCAACACCAAUUGCUGCCCCGCCUAAGGCAUGAUGUGGAGAAAGAAAUCUUCUCUCGAAAUACUGGGUGCUCUCAUUCUAUUCAUUUGGGUAGAGUUUUGGAGUGGUAUUACUUACUUCAUAAUCUAAUAGUCAGGCAUUAACAACCUGUUCUCUUUGUGGGAAAGAAAAGUUAACAUUAACAAAUUUUAAUUGGUUAGUUAUAAAAGAUGGUACAUUCCAAUGAUGUGCAGCAUGUAAAAAAUUCAUAUUUCAGUUGCAACUUACUACUUUCAGUGGUUUUUAUGGUGAGGGAUUUAACUUUUACAUAUUCAAAGCUGUUUUGUUAUUUAUUAUUAAUGUGGGGAAAAAUGUUUGAAAUAAUAAACCAAGAUAUUUGUGAACAGAUGUGUUUGCAUUGUUGACUUGUGUGUAUAAUACCUACAUAUAACUCCUCAUGUUUAGUUAAAAGCUUGUUUUUUUUUUUAAGUAGCACAAAGUACAAUUAGUAAUACCUUCUGUGUGUGUACUGAUAUUCAGUGCACUAGCUCUGUAACUUAAUGAUCAGAUAAUUACAUUUUUAUAAUCUAGUAUUCAUGAGAAGCUAGCUGCUGCCUUGUAAAAUAAGCUCCUCAAAACUUUGAUUACUAGACAGAGCUCAAAAGUGAAUGUUACUUAAAACUAAGUAAACAUAGAAGCCUAAAGAUUUCUGAAGGUUAAAAAAUGGGAAUGGCAGGGUUGAUAAGUAUUAUUUGUUACUUCCUAAAGCAAAGAGCAUAUAGAGCAUCAAAAAACUACUAUUAAAUAUAUUAACUUCACUUUGGUUUUUACAAUUUUCUCAAACUGAGAAACAACCCUCUUAUCUACAUUUGAAAGCUGGCACAUACUAAUGAUUAUUUUAAGAUAAUUGAAUUUGUGGGAGAGAAGAGUAAAUUUUUGAAAGAGAAAAAAUUAUUUUCUUUCUCAAGUAAGACCAUAUUCUUAAUUUUGAUUUCAGCUUUAUUACACUUUAUAUUUUUUGAAACAUAAAAGAAAAAGUGUGGGAAACAAGUUACAGUUUUCAUUUGAAGAUGGUAACUUCAUGCUAAUACUUCAUUUAGAGUGGAAGAACUUAAGAGUUUAGAGAUGUCUUGAAUUGGUAAUGAAGAAAAACUUUAAUAUAAGUUUAACAUAACAGCAAAUGUAUAAGGUUUUGUCAUCAACAGGUACAAUAUGUAAAUAUGAUUGAGAUUGAUAAAGUCAUGAUAAGACUUCAAAACUUAUCACUAUAUCAGUGUGUUUAGUUGUAAUAUAAGAUGAUAAAAAGUAUCUUGAAAUGUUUUAUGUGUGUAUAUGUUUUGAUUAAAGAGUUGUUUUUGAAAGUUGACAACAUGAAUAGCAUUUGACUAUUACUAUGUCUGUCAUAUCUCAGUGUGCAUGAGCAGAUGCAGUGUAGUUAACAUAAUAUACAUUUUUCGGAUUGCUAAUGUAAUUUUCUUCUGUGAUGCUGUGGUUAUUUGGCCUGCUCCAGGAAUAAAAAGACUAGCCUACCUUUUUACUAGUUUUUCUGAAUAAUAAUAAAGGUAAAUAAAUACCUGGUGUUACUAAUCUUUAACCUAAAAAAUCACCUUUAGAAAUGACUUAAAUAAAAUGGAUAAUAAUUACAAUUCACUUAUUGAAUUGUUAUACACCAUAAAAUAUGUUUGACCAUAAAAUUCGUUGAUGUAAAUUAGCACUUGGACAAUACUAUGUCUGUUAUAUCCCAGGUAUUAAGUGAAAGCCUUCAUGAGCACUAAAUAAUACAGACAUAGUGAACAAUAUUUUUCUCUACUUUCAUUUACAAGUCCUUAGAAUUUAUCUGAGAACUUUGGGUUAAGUUAUACCAGUAAGUUGUUUGUAUGUAUGUACAAUUAUUAUGCAAAACCUGUAAUACUUUGGAAAAUAAAUACAACUUGUAAGUCAA